AUGAUGCCAAAGAGUUUUAUCAGUAAGGUACCUCGUAAUUUUUCAACUCUAGUCUCUCUCGUUAUUACCCUAGUUGUUUGUGUACCAUUUACUACAUCAGCUGUUUUGGGGGGUAAUGAUGAUGCACAGCUUCAGUCUAUUCGAUACCUUAAUGAGCUGUCCGAUAGUUGUUCUUAUGCUACUAGUGUUCUUGUGAGUCUUGACUUUUCAUCAAUCAUGUCAUAUUAUGAAUCCAACCAGAUUGGAAGUGAUAAUUAUACGUCGUAUUCAAUUUAUACCUUAACUAAUGAACGUGUGUUUGAAGGCCUAAUUGAUUCAGCAGAGAAGGAGCACUGCCUGGUUGCUGGUGAUUACAAGUUUUUAGUUGAACCUCUUGAAAUCCAACAAUCUGGGGAAACUUCCUCUGAAGACAUCUAUUCUCCUGUGGUUAUUAAAAUCCAGCGAUUCACGGAUUCCCACAAGAUUUUUACUUCUCCAAUUACUGAGCCUUUAAUCCUUCAUCUCCAAUAUAACGUGUUCCCCUGGGACAUAGGCACUCAGCAAUGGAGCUACAAAGAGAGUGUCGAGGAGAACAACCUCCUAGCCCUUCCGUCCGAGGACGUGUCGGAAUGGAGCUCUGUGACGGCGUUCCCCAACACCACGUCUCCCUCAUCUCAUUACUAUUUCCGUACCCAAUUUUCGAUGGAUCUUCUCUCCGGGUACUCUGGCUUCGAGAUCCGCUACCGAGCGGCCUCGACCUCCGAAAUCUUCGUGAACGGGAUGAAAGUGUAUUCUUUCCAAGCUCCCAAUAUGUCCGUGUCGCUUCCCAACCCUUCGUGGAAGACGAUCACCGGUCUGAUCUCCACGCUCCAGAGCGGAGUCAACACGCUCGUCGUGCAUUUGAAGCCGUUCAGUGAGCCGACCGAUCACAAAGCCCACUUUUUCGAUGUAUCUCUUCGUCUUCUCCACGACUAUCUUUUCAACUCGCUCAACUCAGAGCUCUCCUUCGCGCCCAGCACGCUCUACCCGCUCUUCAACGGCGAUCUCACCGACUCCUGGACCGCCACGAUCUACCAGGGCCUCUACAACACGCUCACCUUGGAGUACCCCAGCGACUCCUCCUUCCUCGGCAAUCGUCUCUGCCUCGUGAGCCAUCCCAGCGGCGCGCUGCCCUCCAGAAUCGACGUGCUGGUCGUGGUGAACAACGAGCCCCGCCUGAUCCAAUCGCUCUCUCUCAGCGCAGAGGACGCCGACAGCAAUCCGUGCUGGGACCUGCACAACUACCAGGGCUACGCUCGCUACCAGCUCCGUUUCUACUCCCACGCCACCAGCAAUACCGUUCAAUUCUCGGAACUGCUCUUCCAAUUGGUCCAUCCCAACGCCUCGCUCACGCUCUCCUAUCCCUCUCUCUCCGUCCCUGUCGGCGGAGAGCGUCUCUGCGUCACGCCCUCGCUCUCCCACAACGUCACCGUCGGCUACUGCGCCGUCGAGACGCCUCUCCCCGCGGGAGUCGAGCUCGACGUGGCCUCCGGAGAGCUCUGCAUCGACGGUUCUCCCGAGUCCGAGCUGAGCUCCGACUUCGAUGUGGCUUGCCACACGGUUCUGGGCGCUGCGUCGACGUCUGUGCACGCGAGCCGGUUCUUCCAGUCGUGCUCUACCGAGGAAGGCACGUCGGUGGAGCACGGAGAGACGGUGGUCGUGGGUCCGUGCGACGAAGGAUACUCCGGAAACCGCGUGCAGACCUGCUAUAACGGUGUUCUCUCCGAAGUGAGCGACGAGCAAUGCCAGCUGCUUCCUCCCAGCGAUUUCUCCUAUCAGCCCGAGCCUUUUUACUAUGUCCAAACCCCGAUCUCGCUCUCGCCGUCGGUCACCAACAACGUCACGCUCUUCUCCGCCAACGACACCUUCCCCGAGGGCAUUUCGCUCGACAUGGAGACGGGCCUCAUCGCGGGAAUGGCCAGCGACCCCUACGACGACUUCAUCGAGAUCACGGCCAGCAACGCGGCCGGCUCGGCCACCUUCGUCCUCCACCUCGUGCUGCGGCGGCGCGUCUGCGAGGCCGAGGACGGCUGGCCUUCUGUGGCCUGGGGCGAAACGUCGCGCAAGGAGGGCUGCGGAGAGGGCUACGAGGGCUUCCUCACAAGACCGUGCGUGGAAGGCGUGUUCGGAGAAGUUUCUUACGAUGAGUGCGUGCUGAGCGCGCCGAAGAACCUGGUUUACGAGCCGUCGGGGAACGAGGAGACGCUCUUCGUGUUCGAUCCCGUGGAGUUGGUGCCCUCCGUCAGCGGGCUCGAGGUGGUCUAUUCGUCGACGGCGCUCCCCGCGGGGCUGGCGCUCGACGAGGAGUCGGGCCGCGUGACGGGCCGAUUGGAGUCGGACGAGGCGGUCGAGUUCACGGUGACGGCGGCGAACGCGUCCGGAAACACGACGGCGGUGGUGAAGCUGCAGGCGGUGUACCGGCCGUGCGUGGCGCUGGAGUAUCUGGAGGAGGGGAAGAAGGGAGAGGCGAAGGAGGUGUCGUGCGCGGUGUGGGGAAUGGAGGGAGUGAGAAGGUUUGAGUGCCAGCUGGUGGGCGAAGAGGUGAAGUGGGUGCAGGUGAAGGAUGGAUGCAUGGGCGGCGCGGAGGUGGAUAUGAUGGCGGUUAUCGCGCUGAUUUGCAUCGUGAUCGUCGUGCUGGUGGUGAUUCUUCUCCUUGUGAUUCUCUCGAUUAGCUCGAAGAAGCGAGAUAAACAGUUCCGUGUACAGACAAUGGAUGUCGCGUAUGUUUAG